GGUUCUGUGGCAGAACCGUACAAUCCUAGGGAUUAUUUUCUUCUUCAUGAGCUUUGGAAAGUGAAGUGUUCUCGCAAAAACUGGAAUACACUGACCCCUAAAUCUCCUGGGCCCUGGAUAGUUAAAUUAUAUGCAACCAAAUCUGCCUUGAAGCAACUUGGCAUGCAUACAGAGUUCUCCAGCACUGAAAUAUUUGGCAUGCUUUACACAGCUACUCGCCCCCGAACGUACACCCCUAGACGAUUCCCCCUGCACAGUUUUUGGAAGGACGGCUCACGCUACAAAAGUCUGAGAGUGCUAUUGCUAAUCUAUUUAGCUUUUAAUCUACAACCCAACAAUGUGCAGAUACUUUGGACUUUGAAUCUAAUCCAAAGGAACUAUCUAUAUGUAUCAAGGGACCAGAAACUGUGCAACUGCAAAGUUAAGACUGUAUGAUGGGAUAUUCCCUUUGGAAGAGGUACCCGGCCCUCACAUUCAUCCUAUCUCUUCUUGCUGUGCCCUGUUGCCAUGGCGGCAAGAUCCUGGUGUUCCCGGUGGACGGCAGCCAUUGGUUGAACAUGAACAUCCUCAUUGAGGCACUGCAUGGGCGGGGUCAUGACAUCACAGUGGUGCACUCCAAGACCAGCAGGUACAUCAAAGAGAAAUCACCCCAUUACACUUCCAUCACUGUCACUCCACCUGCAGGCUUGAGCAUCGAAAGUGAAGACUACAUGGCCUCCCUUUUGAAGAAAAUGCUGGAGUUCCGAAGAGGAGAGGGUUCCCUGCUUUCUUUAAUUUCCAUGCAAAUGGAGAACUUUGAAAUGCUUUCUAAUCUUCACAGAGGGAUGUGCCAGAUGGUAGUCACCAUGUUUGAAGAUCAGCAGUUCAUGAAGAAGCUCCAGGAUGCCCACUUUGAUUUGGUACUCACAGAUCCAGGGUUGCCAGGAGGAGUUUUGCUGGCCCACUACCUUAAACUGCCUAUGGUCUUCAAUGUCCGCUGGCUUACAAGCGGGGAGGCUCAUUUUUCUAUUGCUCCCUCUCCUAUCUCCUAUGUCCCGACUCCAGGAACAGAGCUAUCUGACCAAAUGGACCUCAUUCAAAGAGCCCGGAACAUGCUCCAAUACAGCAUCAACCUCUAUGUAGACAAAUAUGUGGUUAGCCCCCAUUACGAUGCCCUGUGUGCUCGGUACUUUGGCCCAGGUGUAGACCUCUUCAGUCUCCUCAUGUCUGCAGACCUCUGGCUUAUGCGGGCCAACUUUGUCUUUGAAUUCCCACGCCCCACUAUGCCCAACAUUGUCUACAUAGGCGGCUUCCAAUGCAAACCUGCCAAGCCCCUACCACAAGACCUAGAGGAGUUUAUGGAAAGCUCUGGAGAGAACGGUGUGGUUGUCAUGUCCUUGGGAACUCUGGUAAACGGUCUUCCAAGUGAGCUAACAGAUAAGAUAGCCUACGCUUUCUCACAGCUCCCUCAGAAAGUCAUCUGGAGGCAUUUGGGAGAAAGGCCUUCUAGCUUGGGCAACAACACCCUCCUGGUCAAAUGGCUGCCCCAGAAUGAUCUCCUGGGACACCCCAAGACAAGAGCUUUUGUGGCGCAUGGGGGCACCAACGGGGUGUAUGAGGCCAUUUACCAUGGCGUGCCAAUAGUAGGCCUACCACUGCUCUUUGACCAGUUUGACAACCUCCUCAGGAUGCAGGUGCGAGGGGCAGCCAAGGUACUGGAAGUCACCACCCUGGGCAGCAAGGACUUCCUCCAGGCCCUGAAGGAGGUGCUUGAGGAGCCUUCCUAUCAGAUGAAUAUGAAUAGGCUCUCCAGCCUCCAGCGAGACCAGCCUGUCAAACCAAUGGACAGCGCCCUCUUCUGGAUCGAGUAUGUCAUGAGGAACAAAGGCGCCGCUCACCUGCGCACAGAGUCCUACAGAAUGCCCUGGUACGCCUACUACUGUGUGGAUGUUAUAGUGGUCUUGCUGGCUGCUGUGUUAGUCUUCAUGGCAGCUAUCAUAGGCAUUAUCAGAUUGUGCUGCAGGGUUUGUAAGAAAAGAAAAAUAAAGCACGAGUAAGGGGGGAUUAAAUAUAGCUUUACAGCACAGCUUUAUUACCUUUGGUUCUUAUUUUACAUUUACAUUUUUUUCAUGCUGAUUCUACAAUUCGAACAGCUGUUAAAAAACAUUUUACAUGGACUACGAUUCAAUUUAAAACUUAAAAAAAAGAAAAAUUGGUGGAAAUAUCCAAAUAUUUUCUGCUAAUAUAUCUUUUAUAAAUCAGAUCAAGAAAUACAAAAAAAUAUAUAAUUUGUUUGUGUUGAUUGCAUAAUUUCUUUUAUUCAGUUUGCAAAUAAACACUUUUGAAACUGUUCAAUGGGAAACAGAAACAUG